AUGUCAAAACGAGAAGAAAAGCAUCUCAUCGACGAACUCAUUGAAUUCCUUGAUGAAAAGAGGUGCCUCAUGGUAAUUGAUGACACGUGGGAUGAAAGUGCGUGGGAUUUUAUCAAGCGGGCUUUCUCUAAGAACAGUAUUGGAAGUCGGUUAAUCAUGACAACCCGCAAUGUCGGUGUUGCUGAAGCAUGUUGCUCUUCAAGUCAUGAUAUUAUUUAUCAUAUGAAACCUCUUUGUGAGGAUGUCUCAAGAAGGCUUUUCUACAAAAGAAUAUUUUCUCAUGAGAAAGAAUGCCCUCAUGAAUUGGUGGAAGUAUCUGAAAACAUCUUGAAGAAAUGUGGUGGAAUACCAUUAGCAAUUAUUACCAUAGCAAGUCUUCUAUCCAAUAACCGCCAGAUGAGAACAAAGGACCAGUGGGAUGCGGUGCUCCAUUCCAUUGGCCGUGGACUCAAAGAAAAUCGCAAUGUAAAGGAGAUGAAGAAGAUAUUAUUAUUCAGCUAUUAUGAUCUACCUUCUUAUCUUAAGCCAUGUUUACUGUAUCUAAGCAUCUUUCCAGAAGAUCACCUGAUCAUCAGAGCCAAGUUGAUAUUGAACUGGAUAUCUGAAGGUAUUGUUUAUAGUGAUGAAGAAGAAACUAGCUUAUAUGAGCUUGGUGACAGCUACUUCAAUGAGUUAGUAAACAGAAGUAUGAUCCAGCCGAUAGGUAUUGAUGACGAAGAGAAAGUAAAAGCUUGUCGUGUACAUGACAUGGUGCUUGACCUCAUAUGUUCAUUGGCUAGUGAAGAGAACUUUGUCACUAUAUUGAAUGGCACCAAGAGGAAAAUUUCUGACUCCCAAAGCAAGGUCCGAAGAUUGUCGAUCCAAAAUAGCAGUGUAGAAGUGGAUACCAUCAGUAUGGCUCAAGUAAGAUCAAUUUCCGUUUUCACAAAUGAUAAUGUUGACCAACUGUUCAAAGUUUCAAGCUGUCAAGUUUUGCGUGUGUUGGAUUCAGAACAUUGUCCUACUCUGGAUACUUGGAAUUUUUUGCAUUUGAGGCAGCUACGAUUGAGAGAUUAUGGAGGUAAGAAGCUUCCAAUGGAAAUGGGAAAGCUAUUGUUUUUGCAACUCCUGGAUAUUAGUGGAACAAGUGUAAUAGAAAUACCGUCAAGUGUUUUUGGACUUAAACGUCUGAUGUACUUUGACAUUGGCUGGGUUUUUAGUGUGAAGCUCCCGCCUGGGGUUGGUAACUUAACUUCCCUAGAAGUGCUAAAGGGGUUGGCAGUGGGUAAAAUGCAAUCUUAUGACUGGUGUAAUCACCAUGUUGCGAAAGAGCUGGGCAACUUGACCAAGCUGAGGGUGCUCCAUAUUUUCUUGAUAAUUUUGGAUGAGAGCAUAGCUAAAACUCUGGUGGAAUCCCUAAAUAAUCUCCACAAAUUGCAAGUGCUAGAUAUUGCUGGUCACAAAGGGAGACAUCUCAAUCUCAUGCACGAAGGCUUGGUGCCGUCUCAACAACUCCGUAAAGUGUUAAUUACAGGUUGCUCAGCAUGGACACUGCCGGCAUGGAUUAAUCCUUCAUCGCUUCCUCUCCUGUCGUAUCUGGAAAUAACUGUGAGUGAAGUGCGACCGGAGGACAUCCUGCUUCUUGGGACGUUGCCAGCCCUUCGUUAUCUCGAUCUAAGCGAUGAUGGAUAUUGGUCCCAACAUGAGUCAGUAAAGUGGGACCAGAGGGUAACGGAAAUGGAGAAGUCUGUUGUUACUGCUGAUGCAUUUCCAUGUGUGGAAAAGUGCUACUUCCGUGGUAUCGCCAUUGUGCCGUCUAUAUUUCCACGAGGAGCCGCACCAAGGCUUAAAGAAUUGAAGUUCAGCUUCCCAGCUAGGUGGAUCGGCCGUGGUGACAAUGAUUUAAGCAUGGGGCACCUCCCCUCCCUCGAGAAAGUCCAGGUUACCGUUUGGUUUAGGGAAGCCAGCGAUAAGGUGGUGGAGGAAGCAGAUGCGGCUCUGAGGGCCGCAGCGGAAGACCAUCCCAAUCGUCUCGUCAUUGAAAUCUACAAAUAG